UACUGAAUCCUCCUUGUGGUAGCUAACUACCAAUUUCAUGGAAGCACUUAAAACUGCGUUUUCCCACUGUCCGAGUCCCUCGUAGGUGACGCGGGCUCUGCCACAGGUGAUUCUAUAUGGAUUAACACGGACUGAGAACGCAUUAAAGUAACGGUGUUGGCUUCAGCAGCCACUCUGAAGAAGCUAGCUAGCGGAGCACGUAGCUAGCCGUAGUUGUCGACCGUCUCCGGGUUUUAGUUUUGCAACCAGCGGCGGGUCGAGGGGAGUUUGGCACUCCCUGUUUUGCGUGCCCGCACCGUUGGACGGAGAGUGUCAAAUGGCAGAGCCGAGGAAAGUGCCGUUCGUCACCAUUUCAUCCUUCGGCACCUCGCCGCUGACCUCGGAGUCCAGCAAGAAGCGCCGCCGCGAAGAUGAGGCCGCCGACGUCGCUUUUGGGAAAGAUGGAAGUGGAGGUGUCGCGGCGAUCUGCUCCGGAGGCGGCGGCGGAGGAGGAGGAGGUCUGUUCGGCAACACGAAAGGAAGCGACGCCGAGUCUGCCGAGACGAAAGCUACGGUCCGCCUCAACCUGUCUCUGACCGAGCCGAAUGAACGGGGCUCCGCCGAGUUCAAUUACGGGGAGCUCGUCCACACAACUCAGGUAAAGCACGCAGGUCCACCAAUCCAUAAAGGACUCACACCUUCACUGGACCCAAACGAUCCUUUUGCUGAUGAUGAGAGGGAAAGACGUGAGGUAGAAGAGCUAGCCAAGAAGUUUGAGAAUAAAUAUGGUGGUGGAUCAAAGAAGAAGAAAAAGGACAGGAUGCAAGAUCUCAUUGACAUUGGCUAUGGCUAUGAUGAGACCGAUCCCUUCAUUGACAAUUCAGAGGCUUAUGAUGAGCUUGUGCCGGCCUCUCUCACCACAAAACAUGGAGGCUUCUACAUCAACACGGGUACUCUGCAGUUCAGAGCAGCAUCUGACUCAGAGGGAGAAGAAGCCGGCCCCGAGGAUAACCACUUCAAAAAGAUGAAAGAUGGUGAAGAGCGGGUGAUAAAAAAGCAUAAGAAAAAACAAGAUGGUGGCAUUCUGGAAGACAAGAAACCCAGAAAGAAUAAAAUACCAAAGCCAGGAGUUUCACCCUUAAAUGUUCAUCGGCCAGAAAAGAAGAAGCGGAAAAAGCUAAUGAAGGACUCUAUCCACCUGGCUAACAUGCUGCGCCGUUUCACCAGGGAGAAGGAGGAGAUGCGCAAGAAGAAUCUGACUGCUGCUGGUUUGCCGCGACUGAAUGCCAAAGUGCCCAGUGCCAACAGCACACUCCUCAACACGCACGCAAAGACUGCUGGCAGCAAUGACUGCAGCAUGGCUGACCUGACUGCUGACCCCACUGUCAUAUCGCUGUUGGGAUCGGCCAACAAUGACAUGUUGCAAGACAUGAUGGGAGAUCUGGACUUCAGUAUGCUGGACUCUCCACAACCCUCCAGUCCUGUACAGGCAGAAAAUGGCUCUUUUGGUGUCGGACAUAAACCAGGUGUCAGCCGAGUGGUGCAGGGUAAUAUGGCACCGCCCCCUCCUCUGCCCACUGGACUCCCAGCCCCACUCACCAAGCGCAUUGAGGAUCUAAGAGCGGCAUCCCGUUUGUUUGAUGAAGAGGGAAGGAAGAAAUUCUUCACAUUGGACAUGAACAACAUCUUACUAGAUAUUGAGUUGCAGGUUCAGGAGCAGCCUGCAGAGGUGCGUUCAGCGGUCUAUUCCCACCUGGAGGCCUUUGUGCCCUGCAAUAAGGAAGCUCUGCUCAAACGCCUGAAGAAGCUCAGCCUCAACAUACAGGACGAUCGCCUUCGAACACCCCUGCUGAAACUGAAACUUGCAGUGUGCAGUGUGAUGCCUGAGCAGAUUGCUCGAUACAACAUGGACUGUAUUGCUAAGGUGGCAAAGCACCAGUCUGAGGAGGGUGACAAGAAUGGUUCAGAGGAUGAUGAUGAUGAGAAACCAGGGAAGAGGGUAGUGGGGCCCCGAAAGAAGUUUGUCUGGGAUGACAAACUCAGGGCAUUACUGUGUAACUUGGUACGGGUGAAGCUGAGCUGCUAUGAGCUGGAAGGCAAGAACGCGCCAUCUCUAGAAGACUACCUCAAAGCCUUCAUGGAGAAUGAAGUUAAACCACUAUGGCCUAAGGGUUGGAUGCAGGCCAGGAUACUGUUUAAAGAGAGCAUCACAGUUCAUGGUCACCUCACAGGCUACACAGGAAAGAAGAAGAUUGUUCCUACUCCAAAGGCCAAGCCGAAGGAGACUUUGUGGGUUCAACGGUCUACACCCUCAGCAGGUGCCACUCCAUCCCCUGUUGCCCAGGUUGCCAAGCAACCACCACAGUCGCCAACCGAGCCCAUCUGUCUCGAUUCCCUGGAUGAUGAUCUGACAGCUCCUUCCCUUGAUUCCAUUUCCCAGGCGUUGGCCAUUCUUGGCAGCGCAGCCAAGGGCCUGGCUCAGGAGGACAGCCCCCCAUCACCAGAUGGAGCCAAGGCAGCUGCCAGCCCCUCCUCCCUCCAUGCCUCCCCAGUCAUCCAGCAGCAGAAAAAAAACUCUGUCAGCACCCCCAGCUCCAGCGCACCUCACUACAUCUCUACCUCUUUGUCUUCCUCCACACCUCUGUCUCGGCCUCACUCCAUCUCGUCCUCUCCGUUGUCCUCAGUGAGGGCAGAUGGGAUGGUGGGUAUUAAGGGCAUGGCACACACACACAGGCACCCAGUUUUGAGUGCUCAGAGACCUGUAGGAAUGGGUGUGGCUAAAGCAAACAUCCCAGUCUCCCCCUCUCCACCUAAACCACGCCCACCACCCACCGCAUCUCCGCUUGUGCCCCCAGGAUCAAAGACAGUGGUCUCUACUGCUCCCUCCAGCCUCCUCAAAGGCAGCAAUAACAAAGCCAACAGUGCUGACACUCUGGUUAUUACAUCACCUCAGUCUCGACCACACACCCUAACAUCAUCCUCGCAAAUGACCCCCAAAACCUUCCAGACCCCUCGCCUCCCUCAACCCACACAAAGUAAGUCCUCUCCCGCUUCUUCCCUCUCUCAGACACUACCUGUCGUUCAGGCUCAGCCCCAAUCUAACUUCAUCACCCCUAUGCAUGCCACUCUCACCAAAUCCACUCACAGCAAUAUCCCCCCCAUCGUCAAGCUGACGCCACGUUCCCCCAACCCUGCCGUCGCUGCUACCACCUCAGCCUCACCCUCCAUUUCUCAAAGUCCAAGGUCUCAGGCAACCCCUUCCAUACACCAGUACUCUCCCAAAAGCCCAGCAGGCUUCCGCCCGACGUUCUCAGGUGCCCAAGCAGUAACAACUAAACCGGGGCAAGGCAGCUACACUCCUCCAGGCAGCCAGAAGACCCCAAAUAGCACCACCAACACCAGCCUUAACACCUCAUCCAUAAACAAACUUUCAGGAUCCAGUGCCUCCCCCACAAUGGCCUCUGCCAACCCAGGUCAGCGUCAGAGAUCAGGUGGUGGGACACCUCAGGGGGCCAAGACAGUUGCAUCUGUCCCAUCGUCAUCAGUCUCUUCUCAGUUUCCAAAGGUGUCUACAGCAGGCAGCAGCGGCUUGCUUGGCUCACCUUCAUCUCUGCCCCUUAGUUUUGGGAUGCUUGGGGGGCUGGUGUCACUCCCGUUCCAGUUCCCCACGCUGUUAAACCUGCCUUCACUGGGCACAGGAGGAACCAAUACAGCAGCCAGCGGCUCUGCAGCCAGUAGCAAUGCACCAUUUUCUACCCUGACCCAGAAUCUGUAUAAGAGUCUCCAGUCAGGGUCUCAGGUUGCUCUGCCUCCUCACUUGCAGCUUACUUUUUCAGAUGCCAACCAAAGCCAAGGAGGAGAUACUAAGAGGAAGUCUCUAUGAUCCAUCUCUCACAGCAAGCAGACAGGGUCUGGUUUUUAGCCACAAGUGGACAAGCCACUAAAAUUAUGGGUGUGAAUUGAACUGGGUUAUAUAUAAGCAUCAAGAUCACUUCAACUGUCAUGAACAGCAGUUGAAUAUAACUUUUUAAAACAGUUUGAUAAAUUUUAAAUACUAUUCUUCAUAGAGCUCUUAAAUAAAAUGACAGUUUGACACUGUUUACAAAAUAGACCUAUAACACUGUGGACCGAGGAGGAAUGAGUGAGUGAACGUGUGACUGUGGUACAUGAUGUUUGGACUGAAAGUAUGCCUGACUCCCUCUCUGUGCAUGGUCUAUAUUUGGUGCUUUUUUAAAAAUCAAAAUGUAAUUAUCACUGAUACCUGUAAGAAAUGUAAAGUGCAAACUGAAUUUGAGCUUUUCACCAAGAGCUGUACACUUUUCACUGUACUUGAAUUUUUUUUUCCUGUAUAGGACCUGAACCUACUUUGAAUUAAAUCUUUUCCCUUUCCAAGGUAGUUUUAUAUUUAGUUCGCAAGACUACUGAUCUAUCAAGAUCCCCCAAAUGUUCCAGUGAAUCCAUGUAGUCUUUAUAGUUUUGUGAGACACAAACCCAACAACACUGCAGGUAAAUGGGCAGUACAGAUUUAAUUUUAAUGUGAUUUGAUUAGUCAAUUAUCAAUAUGCCCAUGUAUCAGAUGUAAUCAACAACAGAAUUAAAGUAAACUACAUUUCUGAAACCCUUUUUAACACCAGAUAAAAACAACAAGCAAGACGAAGAAAAAACAAAAGUUUUUCAGAGAUUUAAGAGACUGGAAAACUGGCAGUAAGAAGGUAAGCAGUUUGAGCGUUUCAAAGCUUCUUGCAGAUGGCUUUCCCCUCAGCACUGUCGGUCCACGUUCCCUUUUAGGAGCCUACUUGACGAGAGGCCUGGUUUUGUCAUCGUCGCCACACUGGUGGGCUUUGUACUUUUUCACCUCAGCCAUGUACUUUGACCAAGCAUCGCUCUUGCCUGGCUCAACCUGCAGGAAAGAAGUUUGGGAAUUACUGGUUAAG